AUCGAAGACGAAGCAGUGCUUCUUCAAUGGCUGUCACUUCCUCCUCUAUGAUGCUGCUCCGAAACUUCUCUACGGCGGUGAGGAUUGCUCAGUCCGUUCGAUCGAGUUCGGGAAUCUUCUCUACCGGAGAAUUGAUUAAGGUUCUUCCUCGUAUUGGUUCUCCAAGAUCCUUCUCUUCUACUCGUGCCGCACACAAUGAAGAGGCGGCCGCGAAAGCUGCUUCUGACACGGGAGCCCCGACAAUAUUUGACAAGAUCAUAGCGAAGGAGAUUCCAUCAGACAUUGUCUAUGAAGAUGAGAAUGUUUUGGCAUUCAGAGACAUAAAUCCACAGGCUCCUGUUCAUGUUUUGGUCAUCCCUAAGUUGAGAGAUGGCUUGACCACGCUUGGCAAGGCUGAACCAAGACACGUUGAGGUUCUUGGUCAACUUCUGCACGCAUCAAAGAUUGUUGCUGAGAAAGAAGGCAUUGUGGAUGGGUUCCGUGUGGUUAUAAACAACGGUGCUGAAGGAUGCCAAUCCGUUUACCAUCUUCAUCUCCACGUCCUUGGGGGCCGACAGAUGAAGUGGCCACCCGGUUAGGAAGAAAGAUUCAUGCCAAACCAAAUCAUGUACAAUCAGCUAGCUCUAUAAAUCAUCAAUGACUGUUCUAGCUGUUCAAAUUAUGUUAGUUGUAAUCAUUUACAAGUUGUUGUGUGAUUUGGUAAAAUAAAACCAUCCUUUCCUGAAAAUUGAAUUUAUAUUAAAAAAAAGUUAGUUUGUUUUGG